AUGUCGGAUUUGAAAGAGCUAAGCAUAAAAGAACCCCUUGACGGCAAUGAGGUUCCUGCAGAGGAGCGGGAGGCGCUUCCGGAAAAGUACAGCCCUUCGAAAAACUGGUGGACCUUCGAUAUACCUCAUACUCUUUCUUUGGUUCAGCUGGACGAUAUGUGCAAUGGCGUUUCCUAUGAUGAUAUUCCGCGACGCGCGAGGGAACUUGGAGGCAACAAAAUUCCCAUUUCCGGUGGACCGAGCGCUAUUUGGAUUUUAUGCAGGCAGUUUAUGAACAGCAUCACUUUCAUUUUGGCUAUUGUGAUUGUGAUUAGCGCUGUUUUUAGGGAUUGGGCGGAGUUUGGAGUGGUGCUGUUUAUUCUUUUGUUUAACGCCUUAUUGGGGUUUUAUCAGGAGUACGGUGCGGAAAAGUCACUUCACAGUCUGAAGGAAAUGACGGCGGGCAGUGCGAAGGUUCUUCGCGAUGGCGCCGCUGAAGUGAUUUUUAUUGAUGAGGUUGUUGUGGGCGACAUCGUCAUUUUGGAACAGGGUGCCUCUGUGCCGGCGGAUUGCCGCCUCGUGGAGAACAUCGGACUGGAAGUGGACGAGGCUCUGCUCACGGGUGAGGCGCUGCCUGUGGUGAAGCACACAAAUGUUAUCCCGGACCCGGAUGGUCUAUGUGCACUGGGGGACCGCAAGAAUAUGGUGUACCGCAACACAUUGGUGACACAGGGUCGCGGGAAGGCGGUUGUAGUUGCCGCUGGCCUGCAUACGGAGGUGGGAAAACUUGCUGAACGUCUUGUGGACAAUUCGGGCUCUGAAAAGACGGCGCUGAUGAAGAAACUAGAUUAUCUGAUGUAUUUUCUCUUUGGUUGCUGUUUCUUGCUGGCCCUUGUUGUGUUUGCCGCAAACAAGUUUAAAUACAACCCGAGCACAUUGUCGUACGCCACAGCAGUUGCCAUUGCCAUUCUUCCUGAAUCCCUGGUGGCGGUGGUCACGGUUUCCAUGACGGUCUCUGUCAAGAUAAUGGCAAAGCAGAAAUGCAUCGUUCGAAAAUUGGCGGUCCUGGAGGUUCUCGGCAACGUGACGGACAUUUGCUCCGAUAAAACCGGCACGCUGACGGAAAACAAGAUGGUGGUCAAGAAGGCAGUCAUUGGAAUGAAUGAAGAACUCAUCGUUACGGGAGCCCCAUAUGAGAGGCAUGGCCUCUUUCUAGACCGAGAUUAUGAGCAGAUGGACUUGGUGCAGGCAUACAGGACCAACAAACUGCUCUAUGAAUUUAUGCGCUGUGCAGCCCUGUGUAGCACGACCGUCUUGCAAGUCGAUGCGGACGAUGUGGAUCGUCUUACUGGAGCUGGAAACCCCACGGAGGUGGCUAUUCAGGUGAUGUCAUGGAAAGCCGAACUUUACCGAGAUCGAUUGGAAAAGGAAGGAUGGGAAUGUAUUGCAGAAUACCCUUUUGACUCAAAAGUCAAGCGCAUGUCGACUGUAUGGUACAAUGAUAAAAAGGGGGAAUUCUAUAUCUGCACAAAAGGCGCUCCCGAGCGUGUAAUUGAUCUUUGCACCACAAGGCUUUUGGAGUCGGGAAAACUUGUUGCCUUAACAGACGCGGAUCGCCAGACGGUAGGGGAAAAGAUUCAAUCACUGGCAUCCGAUGGACUCCGCACAAUUUGUUUUUCAAUGAGACCAUGCACCGUGGAGCAAUUUCCCAUUCCUACUGAAGGAACCUUUUUGGCCACCCACAGCCGGGAGGUGAUCGAGCAAGAAUUGGCGUUUCUUGGGAUUGUUGGCAUCUAUGACCCUCCACGCCCGGAAUCGCACCCUUCCGUCGUUGCCUGUCAACAUGCCGGUAUUGUGGUGCGCAUGUUGACCGGGGAUCAUGUAAAAACGGCGGGAUCUAUAGCUAUCAUGCUUAAUAUCAUAAACAGGCGUGAUAUUGACAGCGGCACGAAGCUUCUUAAUGGGCCUGACUUUGACCGGAUCGAAAUGGAGGCCAUUGAUGGCUGGGAUGAUCUUCCACUCGUCGUUGGGCGAUGCUCACCGGAAUCGAAGGUUAAGAUGAUUGAGUGCCUCCACAAGCGUAACCGGGUGGUGGCAAUGACAGGGGAUGGGUUCAAUGACUCACCAAGUAUUAAAAUAUCGGAUGUUGGCUGUGCGAUGGGCUCCGGCACGGAUGUUACCAAAGGCGUUGCGGAUCUUAUUAUCACAGACGAUAAUUUUGCCACUAUUGUAAAGGCCGUGGCUGAAGGUCGACGCAUUUCACAGAACAUACGGAAGUUUGUUGUGCAUCUUCUUUCUAGCAACGUUGCGGAAGUUAUUGCACUCAUCUGCGGUCUUCCUAUUCGUAGUGAAGGAGCUUCUUUGUUUGUGCUGUCACCCAUUGAAAUUUUAUGGUUAAAUAUGUUUACUUCCGCCCCACCCGCAAUCGGACUGUCGUUGGAUGCCGCAAGUGCUGAUGUACUUCUUUUGCCUCCGAAUACGGCUGGUCUUUUCACCUUUGAGCUGGUCUCUGACACGGUAGUGUACGGAUUUUGGCUUGGUGUAUGCUCCUUGUGCGGAUUUGUCUUUAUUGUGUACGGCGUGCACGACGGUCCAUCCGGCAACAAUUGCAACUCGCCAAAUGGGGUUGGCUGCAAUGAUAUUUGGCGAGCACGUGCCACGGCCUUUGGAAUUUUGUACUUUGGUUUGUUGCUGCACUCAUACACCGUCCGACACUCUCGACUGUCUGUUUUCCUCAUGAAGUGGUUUGACAACUUUUGGAUUUGGGGCUCCUUUGCCGUCGGGGUCAUUCUUUUUUUCCCUAUUGUGUACGUCAAGCCCGUAGCAAAUGGUCUUUUUGUACAUGACAUGCUUACGUGGCACUGGGGUGUUCUCGCCGUUCUCAUUAUAUUUUUUAUGGCCAUGUGCGAGGUGUACAAAGUUCUGAAGAAUUGCUUCUUCCCGUUGAAAAAGGUAUCCGUGGCACCAGACGAGGAGGCGAUGCAAGAGUACCGACGCUUUGCUGUUGCAGGGGAGGAUAGCAGGGACGUUGAGAGUAUCGCUGAGGAGCAGUUGCGUAUGUCAUUUGCAUCCUAUGCCGGCAGCAUCGUUAGUGGGGGCACGCACAACAUGAUGAGCGAGAGGAAAAAGAAGAGGCGUUAG